AUGGUGGAGCUGCAGCAGCUGCGGGUGCAGGAGGUGGUGGACUCCAUGGUGAAGAGUCUGGAAAGGGAGAACAUCUGGAAGACACAGGGUCUCAUGUUCUGGUGCAGGGCCAGCUGUUGUGAGGACAGCCAGGCAUUCACCCAGCAGGUGCACCAGUGCAUCGAGUGCUGCCCUGUGCCUCUGGCUCAAGUCCAGGCCUUGGUCACCAGUGAGUUGGAGAAGUUCCAGGACCACCUGGCUCGGUGCACCAUGCAUUGCAAUGACAAAGCCAAAGAUUCAAUAGAUGCUGGGAGUAAGGAGCUUCAGGUGAAGCAGCAGCUGGACGGUUGUGUGACCAAGUGUGUGGAUGACCACAUGCACCUCAUCCCAACUAUGACCAAGAAGAUGAAGGAGGCUGUCUUAUCCAUUGGGAAAUAAAAGUCUUUGCCAGUGGCCAAUGAGGGCAAGAAUGUAUUUUUUAUAAGGAAUUGGGAAUUUUACUCUUUUAAGCAAAGUUUAUGAACGAACAAAUAAAGGAUGGCCACAAGUGUAAGGCAUACGUCACUUACCUCUGGACACUGGUUCUUUUAUGUUUCAGUCCUGAAAAGCGAAGUGGAAAAAGGUGUGCUAAAUUGGGUCAGAGAUAUUACGGGAGAGUUUUAGAGCUUAUUUUUCCUGUGGCCAGUGCUUGUCCUGGAAAUAAGGAUCUCCUCUGUAACAAGCCAGAGCCCUCCAAGGUACCAGACUCUUCUUACUACACAGGUACCAACAGGCUGGCAGGCUAGAGUUGAUGGAGUUUGAGGAGAGAUAUUUUCUCUUUGUUGCCAACAUCCUGUUUGCCACAAGUGUCACUGCACCGUUUUCCAUAAGCUGUGAAACAAAAUCUAUGAGGUCACUAACUCAGAAGGGAAAAAA